AUGAAUGACGACAAAGAAAAGCGGUUUGAGAGAGAGCAUACAGCGAAGAUGGCGCACCGGAUCCUCACGCAAGUCGUCGUGAUCGGCAGCCGCGUCCUCGGGCGCGCCUUCGUCGAAGCCUACAAGCAAGCGCAAGCCUCGACCAACUACGCGCGCGCGCAGGCCAAGCUGAACCCCAACGGCGUCUCGGGGCGCAGCGUCACGGGCUCCGGCAACAUGACGCUGGACGAGGCGUGCCAGAUCCUCAACGUCAAACCCCCCCAGGGAGGACAGGCGAACAUGGAGGACGUGAUGACCCGUUUUAAAAAGCUGUUCGACGCCAACGACCCGCAGAAGGGCGGCAGCUUCUACCUCCAGAGCAAGGUGCUGCGCGCGCGCGAGCGCAUAGAGGCCGAGGUGCGGCCCGCGAUGGAGAAGGCCGCGCAGGAGGCCGAGCUGAAAGAGGGCUGGAAGCCGAAGGUGUAUAAGGACCGGUAGUCGAUAGCCGGUAGCCGGUCCAAUUUGACAUAUGAAAGGAAUCAAGGAGUUCUGAUUUCGGAAGUAUGGGGAUGGGAGUGUUCAAGAGUUGGGAAAAUCUGGACGCUCAUCACCCACACCUUCCAACGACCCACAACAUCCUAAAUUGGGGGGGAGGGGGGGUGAAAAAUAGGAGGAAACAAAAAAGCAUCUUCACUCGAAUGUAGCAUGGCCCGGCGUUAUUUUGGAGUUUUUGCAGGCUCAUUUUCAUGGUUUAGGCUGUUUCCCGGUCUUUGAGAACACUAGACACGGGGCAAGGCAAGGCGAGGCGAGGCUGCGUGUACUAGUAUAAUCAUUGCAUGGAUA